AUGGAGAAGAUAAAGGAAAACAUUGAGAAAGCGCAGGAAAAGCAGAAGAUGACGUAUGAGAAGAAAGUGCUGAAGAAACACAAGGAUGUAGUGUACAGUGCUGGCAAUGAGGUCCUUCUUUACAAUAUGAGGAAGCGUGGUAGAAAAGGAGGAAGGAUAGAGCCUGACUUCUCUGGUCCUUACAUUAUCAAGGAGGUGUGUGGCAAGGUGGUGAAACUGGCAAAUUCUGACGGGGUUACACUUAAGAAUAAGAUCAGUAUAGACCACAUCAAGCCAUACAGAAGAAGUGAGGAAAGCACAGUCCACAGGCAGGAAGGUGAUGCCGAAUUGCCUGAGGAAAUCAGCACCUGCGUGUCCUCCAUACUACAAAGGACCUCUGUCAUCUGUUUUGCUGCACCGAAGAAGGAGAGCACUAUUGAGGUACCACCAAAGAGAAUACCCAAAUCAAUAUAUAUGUAUAGAUAUAUAUGUAUAUACAUUUUUUUUUGUUUGCAUAUAGCUUGCCUUGCAUUACAUGUAGUGUGCCUUGUUCUAUCUCUUCUUCCUAUUCUUCCUUUAUGUAGUAUUUUAGUUUAAAGUAAUGUUACAUGUAAGUGAUUAACAUUAAUCUUGAUAUUUUUUUUAAGCCAUCCGCAUCUUUGAUUGUCAUGCACAGCAUAGAAGACAGAGGUAGCAGUUACUGGGUUCUAAUAUUUUUGUUUGACCCUGUUGGUCAUUUGUUUGGCCAUGCCCUAUUGGCCUGGCCUUUAACUAUGUUGCCCUUUCUGGCAUUUUUUUUUUAUUUUUAUGAAGUUGCCACUGUUUGGCAUUGUGUUUCAUCCAUUUCCUGUUAUCAUUAACCAUACAAGUUUUAGAUUAUACCAAAGAACCUAUACAGGUUGAGUUAUUCCCCUUGUCAGAAAUGCCUCUUAACAUAAGUGAAUGCAUUUAGGAAGAUUAGUAUAUAUAAUGUGUUUUCUUCAGAUUGGGUGUUAUAUUUAGAUGAUGCUUUAUUUGGACACAAUUUGUAUUUUUUCAAUACUUAAUUUUAUGAUAAGGCACACUCAACCUGUAUUAGCUUUGGCUCCCAAAUGUACACUACAUACCUGGAGUUAAAAUAGCUUGCUGUAUUUUUUUUUUUUUUCUUAAAAUGCUGUGGGAAGCUGAAGAUGAUGGCUCUGUGGAAGCAGUUGUGGGACCAUACAAGCUGUAUGUUUCAUCGUUUCGUACAAUGCAUGGCAAUAAGUGGCUGGUUGAUGAGGUAAGAAUAAACAUUGGUAAUAAUUAAUCAAAAGCAAAAAUAUGAAAAAAAAAAUUAUAUAUACCUAUCUAAUAAAAACAUUUUUUUGAUGCAGGUGAUUGAUGCAUAGAUUCAUCAUCUGAUUGUGAAGCAGCAUCAGGCAAGUGUGAAUUACGUUCAUUCUUCUGUUAUGUUUGUUGCGUUGUUAUUUUGCAUAUUAACUUUUUUUUAAUCUACUGAAACAAGGAUCCUGUUCGACAGUUUGAUGCUGUCCUGCCAUCUGUAUUAUUUUACGGUGAAAUAGAAAAGCUUGGAAAGGUUAGUGACUUGUUACAAUUCCAGUUAUACAUAUUAAAUAUAUUGCUUUCUACCUUUUCCUCAGAAAGAUCCUCGAAGAUCUGUGGUUAUGCCCUGUGAACGUUGGAGCUCACUGGAUUAAUUUGGUAUUUAUUAUUGAACAAAUUGUAUUGUUUUUUUUUUACUUAAGUUGUCACGCACUAUUAUAUUCUAUGUAAUUAUGAUAUAUAUAUAGAUAUAUCAAACUACAACCCUAUGACACCACAAUGCUCAUUUUCGCUGUACAGGGUUAGCAAAAAGUAGGUAUACAGUUGAAUCAAUGCAACUGCUGCAGAAUCCACUUUUUAUAUCUGCACUUCACUAUUCUUUCCAAAUUCCACACUGAUAUUUAAAUGCAUGAAAUUGAAAUGACACUUUCUUAUGUUGUGAAGUUCAUUGAUUCCACUGUAUGUCUACUUUUGGUUCACCUGGUAUAUUAAAAAUAUCAAUGUCAUCAACAAACUUGUGUGAUUUCCCAAUAUAUUUUUUAGGUUGUCAUCAUGUCCAAGAAGGCCAUUGCAUUGAUGGAUCUGAUGGGAAAUGAAAACAGCUAUAUUUCUAAAGUGCAACGGAACUGGAAGUAAGUGUGCUUCUGUAAACACUUUUAACUUGGCACAAGCUUCAAUUAAAUAGUGAUGCAUUUUUUUUAUAUACCGGUAUAUAUUUUUUUAAUGUAUUAUUUUUUUUAAUAGUAUCUUCUUGAGGAUGUACAAGCCGGAAGAACAGGCAGCACAAUGGAGCACAUGGAUAAUGUUUCACAGCAACCAGCAGGAUUUCAGUAGCUGUGGAGUUUUAAUCUUGAUGGUAAAAAGUUUUCUAACAUAGUGAAAGCCAGUGAUAACAAAUGUGAACUGCGGUUAUAAAUGUGAAUUGUUAUUUUACAGUUUGCCAAGGAGUUCCUAUGGACAAGAACAAUCUCUGAAGUGAAGACAUCUGCGGAAUAUAUAACGGAUGCACGACUGGAAAUAGCUUGUGCCCUACUCCAGUAUAAAGGUCAGGUCGAUCACACAAUGCAUGAAAGCUUUGUCUUGAAAAAUUGUCUUCAUACUCAAUCCACACUGAUGAAAUCAUUGCACCGGAAACAUGUGUUGUAUUAUUAAUUCACUCCAUAAACACUAAUUGUGAACAUACACAUUCACUUACAUUUUAACAUGCAGCACCAUAACAUACGCUGUUUUUAAUUCUUUUUGUAGGUGCGGUAUGAGUCCUAACAGGAUGGCCCCUGUGUGUGGCCCCAUAAUUAAUAGACCUAAAAACAUGCAAUAAGGUGAGUAUACUGUAAUUACAUUUUGGAAUAGAAGGAUUGUUUAAUUAUUAGACCACUCCAUUUAUACUUAUAUUGUAUGAGAGGUUCCUGUGUGCAGAAUAUUUUAGAGAGUCCAGUAAGACAAACAAACUUAAUCCCAUCCCUUGUACUUUUCAUGAUCUACUAGUCUUUAUUUUCAAUCCCGUUCCUUUUAUGCUGUAUUCACUCUUAAUGUUAUAAUACUUUUGUACUUGUCACUUACUCCUGUAGCUAGUUAUUCACACUAACAUUUUCUUUUUUUUUUUUUUCUUGUUUGUCAACUCUGCUGAGCACUGCGUCCAGUGGCAUACGAGGGAGAUGAAGGGUUCCAUGUUUGAUACUCACGGAGAAGGUAGAGUAUUGCAUUUGAAGUUAAUUUUCGGAUCUUCUAGUCUCCAUUUCCAAUCAAUUUGUUUCCUUUUUAUUCUGUUUUUUUAUUUUAAUUUUGUAAUACUUUUGUACUUGUUACUGACUCCUGUGGCUACUGUAACGCCAUUCUCUCUAACCAUGUUUUUUAUUUUAUUUUUUUGGUGUGUCAUCGGCCAGUUGAUUGUACACUGAAUUCUGAUGCUUCACACAGGUUAAGGUAGGUAGCAGGCUUUGGUCCUAGUGUGGUUAUUAAAAGGGCACUGUAGGUACUGUAACUGCUUCUUAUUUGGAAAGUGGUAAUGGUGUCUAGAGUCCGCUGGUACUGUCCUUACAUUCUGUUAUUCACUUAUAAUGAGAAGAACUUAGUGUGAGCAGCAGUGAUUUGAUUAUGUCAGUUAACCACUCAGUCUCUCACAGUGCCUAUUGCUUGUAUCAAAUCAAUCUGGCUAGUAUGAUGUGUAAUCUCUCCCUAAGACACACCCACAUUUGCGGCAGGGCUGUGGUUGGCCAUGAACCUUUUUUUAGUGUUAAACUGCACAAAAUGGUUUAAUACUGACUGGAUAGACAGCUCCAGAGGACUCUAGGUGAAAUAAGCACUUCAUUGAGAUCAACUGUUAAUAGGGCCUAUAUUGAGCCUUUAAGGUAGCAAGCUGCAUCCCAAGUCAGAACAUUAAGGCAGUAGCAGGCUUUGUUUGUAGUCAGGUCAUUGAUGUAGGUAACAGUCUGUGUCUCAAUUAUUAAAGCUUAUAGCAGGCUUUGUCUUUAAGUCUCUAUGGAUGUUGGGUUCAGGGCAAAUCUAAAUUAAAAUUAGUAAUUUAAAGCUCAACAAUGGCCCUUGUAGCUGUUGCAUGCUACAUUUCCAUUGAUGCUUAACCAGAGUGUAUUAGUUAUUGAUGAUCCAAACCAAUCAUUUUACCUUUUAAUGGUAAUGCCGUACCAAGGAUUUAACACACAUGAUGUGGCGCUGGAAGUAACACAACCAGGACUCACAAUGUGACAUGCUGCAGCCGCAACUGAUAUCCCCUUAAUAUCAGGGGGGAAUGAUACAGUAAAUAUUUUAGCUUAGUCUUUUUAACUGAACAUUGGACAUGCCAUUCAAAAGCUCUAUCCUUCCAGACAGACAGGGAAAGUCACUAUUAUCGAAAACUAGUGUAGACAGCGCUGCAUAAUAUGUUUGAACUAUAUAAAUAACUAACUUAUUACAAGUGGGAAUAAUAGUACAUAUUUAAAAUCUUUAAAAGGACACUUAUUUUUUUAAAGUAGGCUUUAUGUUUUCAGUUUCAUUAUUUGUUAACCACCAUCCUCAAUCUUCUGUUCUGUGUUUUCUUAGAUUGGUGGUAAGAGCAGGUGGUAAGAGCAGGGAGAUCCUCUGCAUUUUACACUCCCUUAGUGAUGGUUCCAGUGCCAGAGACAAACCCACCAUUAACCUAAACCUGCUGAAACCGAAAACUUCCUUCUCCACUGGGCUGCUUCGUAACACAUGCUGCAGACAUGACGUAACCUUCAUCUUCCAGUGA